AGUAACAAAACAACAUCAAUCGAAUGUCCAUCCAUCAGUACGGUGCUGAUAGGUUUGGUUUGGGUAGGCCUACCUUUCGUUUUUUGCAGAUCUAACCUAAUCAACUCUCUUUGCCCGUUGUGGAAAUUCUCGAGUGCUGCAGCAUCAUCAUUAGGACUGGUAACAUUGUGAAGAAAGCAUGGGUUGUGAUUGUCUUGCUGACCCUGAUGGCUAUGAUUCCACUGAUGGAGCUCCACCAUUGAGCAAAAAUGAAAGCCGUGGCUGCACCGACUGCCUUUGUGCCAUCAUCUUCGUCCUCUUUAUCAUUGGAAUGGGGGUUGUUGCCGGAUUUGCUAUUGCAGCUGGUAGUGUGGAACGUGUUAUCUAUGGUUAUGAUAGCUAUGGAAAUGUCUGUGGCAUGAAAAAUGACAAAUUUGCCGGGGUUCAGUUUUCUGGAAUGGAUAUGAGUGACAGACCAUACGUGUUUUUCAUGGAUGUUCUGAGUCCAGAUGAUAGUAUUGAGAUUUGUGUUAAAGAGUGCCCAACAAUGGACCUCGCGGACAUGAAUCAAGUUAAAGACUUUGCAAAAAAUGGCAGUAAGCUUUGUCUGUACAGUGUUGAAGUUGAUGACUACCCUUCGGCUGAUCAAGACAAAAAAGGGCCUUGCCCUGUAUCUAACUCACUGAAAAAAAGUUCUGCAAUCUUCAAUCGCUGCAUCCCAGACAAUCUGGAAGAGUUUGGGAAAAGUGCAAUUGAAAGUGCACUAGAGAUCCUCAACUCAAAUCAGUUCAUCACAAAAAUUAUAGCUGAUUUAUACAUUGCAAGAUGGGCCAUUCUCGGAAUGUGUGGACUUGCCUUUGUUUUUGCGCUACUGAUGGUGUUCCUUAUUCGUUUUGUUGCCAGUUUCAUUGUGUGGAUCAUUUACAUCCUUGCUAUUGGCUCAUCAGCAGCUGUUACUGGCCUCCUGUGGUAUACAUACACAGAAAGGAAAAAGGAAAUGGAAAAAUAUGGAGAUGUGGUACCAGAAUCAAUCGAAAGUGAUGUCACAGCAUUUCUCAUCUAUUCAAUUGUCUCCACUGUGUUUUUUGUGGUUCUCUUGCUCAUUAUUCUCGUAAUGCGCAAGCGUGUUGCAUUUGCUGUGGAGCUAUUGGACCAGGCUGGUAAGGGACUCGUUGCCAUGCCUCUACUCCUGAUUCAGCCUUUGUGGACAUUCAUCGCUUUGCUCCUAUUUUUUGCAUACUGGUCUGUUGUUAUGCUCUUCCUCUCGGUCACUGGAAACCCAACCCAGUACAAUGGCACUGAUGGUGAAAUGUAUGUUGAGUACAACAAAGGUGAGGUCAUCAGUUAUUUCUGGUGGUAUCAUCUGAUUGGUUUGAUUUGGAUUGCUGAAUUCAUUCUAGCUUGCCAGCAGUUUGUGAUUGGAGCAUGUGUUGCAGAUUGGUAUUUUACUAGAGAUAAAGAGAGCUUCUCUUCACCGAUCCUGCGCAACAUUGGAUAUCUCAUCAGGUACCAUUUUGGGUCCGUUGCCUUUGGAGCUUUUAUCAUCACUUUGGUGAAAAUUCCCAGGGCUAUUCUACUGUAUAUGCAGAAGAAGUUGAAAGGGACUGAGAGUGAAGUGUUGAGGUUUAUGUUGAAGUGUUUAUCUUGCUGCCUGUGGUGUUUGGAAAAAUUCUUGAAGUUUUUAAAUGCAAAUGCUUAUACUGUUAUUGCCAUUGAAGGAAGGAACUUCUGUUUCUCUGCCAAGAGGGCAUUCCUCAUUCUGGUGUCCAAUGCCCUGCGUGUUGCUGCAAUUAACUGCGUUGGUGACUUUGUGCUGUUUCUUGGUAAACUGGGUGUUGCUGGUUUAACUGUUCUCUGUGGUAUUUUGAUCCUGGAGAGCAUUGGGGAAUUUUCAAGUAGCUCAUACACUUGUUUAGCUGUGCCCUUAUUAAUUGGUGUCAUCUUUGCAUAUUUUAUAACCAGUGCAUUCAUUUGCGUAUAUGAGAUGACAGUGGACUGUCUUCUGAUUUGUUUCUGUGAGGACACCAGGGUAAAUGAUGGUUCACCAGAAAAACCAUACUAUAUGGAGAAAGGGUUGAUGCGCUUUGUGAAUGAAUUUGUGAACAACAGCAGCAAAGCUAUAGACAAUGAGGACAAACCAGGACCUGCAGCACCACAAGCAGAAGAUGUCAAAGAUGCUGCUCCUGAAGAGGUGGAGCCUGCCCUCAAGUCUGAGAAACUUUAUCCUGAUCUUAAUGAAGAAGGAAAGUAAGGUCAUUGACCAUGGAAUGUGUUCAACUUGCUGAUUUUGAUAAUGACUUGAUAUUUUCUUUGUGACUUAACAGCUGAAUUUACUGACAUAUCUGUGGGUUGGGGAGCCUGAAACAUCAGUUCAUUCCUGAAACAUCAAUCCCCAUAGAAAUGCCACUGAAUAUCUAGAUAUCUGAAAUUGUUUAUGGAUUGUAUGUGAGUGUGAAUAUAAUUUCUGUGUUUUUACUGUAAGAAAAAUGUUAAAAUUAAAUGUAUAACUUUGGGGUAAUACAAAAUCUAAUAUAGAACGGACGGCAGCACCAAAUUUAAUUGUCAUGAAUGUAUUUUCUGAUCUGAGCAUCAAUUAUCAAAAAUUCUCUGAGAAUUGGUUUGUUUCCCGUAACUCUUUGACUAACACAACCUAAAUUUUGAUGUAUUAUAAAAUUAUUGGCUUGUCUCUAAACUUCCUAUUCUAAGUAUAAAUAAUUGAAUACCAUGUGUUUCCAUUCUUAAACAUCUUCAGAGAAUUAUUUUUAUUGAUCGAAUGUGGAGGAAAUAAUGAUACAACAGGUUCUGCUCUAAAUUGGCUUGCUAGCUACCAACAUGAUCAUACCAACACAUGUAUAUUCUGAGCAUCAACACUUGCAGCAUAGUGUACCUCAAAGGUCCACUGUUCUUUACUAUGAAUGCACAACAUCAUACCAUCAAGUGUUUUCGAAUUGCUAUCACAUUAAUUUAUGCUGAUAUACAGCUCUAUGUUCGUUUUCAUUUUCCAUCCCUGCUGCAAAAAAAAAAAAAAAAAAAAA